AUGUCGGUAGUAGGUUCAUUGAUAUUCUGCACAUACUGCGGCGACUUACUCGACUCGCAUAGCUCCACAUCGAACAUCACAUGCCGGAUAUGUCUGGCUUCGUACCCCAAGUCCGAGUUUGCCAACUUGAAAGUCGUGACGAAAAGCUCGGAUGACGCGUUCCCGUCCAAGUUGAAACUGGCCCGGUCCGUGGUCAAGACGAGUUUGAAAAAGGAUGAGUUGGAUGAAGGUGCCACUAUCAAGGAAAAAUGUCCCAAAUGUGGCAACGAGGAAAUGCAGUAUCACACAUUGCAGCUUCGGUCGGCUGAUGAGGGAGCUACGGUGUUUUAUACGUGCACAAAUUGCGGCUACAGGUUCAGAACCAACAAUUAA